AUGGCUGGGGUGAAAAAACUCCUCUGCUCACUCGUUGUUCUCUUCCAACUGUGUGCACUCGCUGCGUUUGGACAGGAGUAUUUUGUGAUCGAUGAAACAGAUGACACUGAUGAAUAUGAGUAUUAUGAUUUACCCACUGAAAUCCCUCGAGGGGAUUCAGAUUUUUCUGGUUUAGAUGACUGGUUGUAUGAACUCCUAGAUUUAACAGAUCAAUGUGAUCCAAACCCGUGUUUGAACGGAGGCAGCUGUGACACUUAUCUCGACGGAACUUUCAUAUGUGUGUGCCCAGAGCCUUACACUGGAAAGAAGUGUCAGACUGUGAAAGAGGUUUGCAAGAAUGUGAACUGUGGCCAUGGGAGCUGUGUUGUUACAUCUACGGCUCCAUUCUACGAGUGCAAGUGCAAGCCUCCGUACAAACCACCAAACUGCAGGAAAGCUUCUCCCUGUAGACCUAAUCCCUGUCAGAACGGCGGCUCUUGCACUAAAGGUCCCAAACGCUCGUCCUUCCAGUGUUCCUGUCCUUAUGGAUACAGCGGAAACUUCUGUGAAGUUGGGCCAAAUGACUGUUACCAGGAGGAUGGAGAGUUUUACCGCGGCAUGGUGAGCGUGACGCUGGAAAGAGAAGAGUGUUUGGACUGGAAUUCUUAUUUCAUCCAGCAGCAUGGUGGAGAUCCUUUCAAAGAGUACGCAGGCUUCGAUGGAAUCGGUCCACACAAUUUCUGCAGGAACCCUGAUGGAGACGAUCAGCCCUGGUGCUUUAUUAAAAAGAACGACAAACUGAGGUGGAACUACUGUAAAGUUAGGAAAUGUUCUGCAGCUCCACCCACCGCACCGACCAUCCAUGAAAUCGAUCCAACUCCAGCCAAGCCAGAGGUCCCUGCUGCCCAGUUCUCCCAGUGUGGGAGGCCGCAGCCAGGCCGCUCCGCCAGGAUCUUUGGAGGAAAGAAGUCUCUUCCUGGAGCUCAUCCCUGGCAGGCGUCCCUGCAGACCAGACCCAGAGGCUCCUCUGGGCCCUUCAGACACAUCUGUGGAGGCAUCCUGUUAGAGUCCUGCUGGGUGCUUACUGCGGCUCACUGCAUUAAAAGUGGAGUGGAAAUGCAGGUGGUGCUGGGAGGAGUGGACAUCGAGAAGGAUGAAACGUUCGAUCAGGUCAUCCCGGUGGAGAAAGCCAUCAUGCAUGAAAAUUACAAGGAGUCCCCAUUUGCUCUUCAUAACGAUGUUGCCAUGCUUCAGCUGAAAGUCACAGACAGGCCGUACUGUGCCAAAGAGACACGCUUUGUCAAAACAGCCUGCCUCCCACACAAGAACUUUGACAGCGGGACGGAGUGUGUCAUCUCAGGGUGGGGCGUGACUGAAACACAGAAGUACGGUACCAACCAGCUGCUGGAUGCACGUGUCCUCCUGAUCUCCCAGGACAAAUGUAAAGCCCCACACGUUUACGGGAACUCUCUGGAUGACAGCAUGUUCUGUGCAGGAAACAUGAAAGGAGGCGUCGACUCCUGCCAGGGUGACUCUGGCGGCCCCCUUGUGUGUGAGCGGAAUGGGACACACUAUGGUGGUGUGGUGAGCUGGGGCGACGGCUGCGGCAAGAAGUACAAACCUGGUGUCUACGCCAACGUGAUCAGAUUUGUUGACUGGAUCGCUUAUCAUUUACUCUGAUAAAGAUGCAGCUGGACGUCUUGUGCUUUCCAUGACAAUAACAACACAUGCAGACUAUGUAAAGUCCUCUUGUCUUAGUAAUAGAAUGACUUUUUAUUAAGAUUAGCUUGGAUGAAAAGAAAGUUCUCGCUCCAUUCUCAGAAUGAUACAAUACCUCAUAUUUGUGUUUAAACACAUGGAUACAUGUGGUACAUGGUUAAUAAAGAUGAUUGAAAGGGGUUGCUGGUGGCGCAGUGGUCGGUGCACGCGCCCCCAUGUGUGUAGGCUGUGGUCCAUUUCCCACAUGUCAUUCCCCGCUCUCUCUCUCUCUCCCUGAUUUCCGACUCUAUCCACUGUCCUGUC